AGCCAGAGAUGCGGGGGCGGAGAAAGGGUGGGGACCGGCCCCGCGGGGGGCGAUGCGGUAGCUGCAGCGGCGGCCGAAGGAGUUUCCCACAAUGCAGCGCGGCGCGCUGUCCCCGGUGCUGAUGCUCAGCGCUGCCCCGGAGCCUCCACCUCGCCCGCCUCCCGCCCUCUCUCCCCCGGGCCCGGGCUCAGCGCCUCGCCAUGGCUCAGCUCGGCCGGGUCCUGCCCCAGAGCCGUCUGGGGGCCUGGCCGCGGCGCUCGACAGCAGCCUGCGGGCCGCCGUGGCGUUCAAGGCGGAGGGUCAGCGUUGCUACCGAGAGAAGAAGUUCCGAGAAGCCAUCGGCAAGUACCACCGGGCACUGCUGCAGCUGAAGGCAGCUCAGGGGGCCCGCCCUGGCGGCCUGCCCGCCCCCUCCCCCGGACCCGCCGCCAGCCCGGGGCCAGCCCGUCUCAGCGAGGAGCAGCGGCGCCUGGUGGAGAACACAGAGGUUGAAUGUUACGACUCCCUCACCGCUUGCCUCCUGCAGUCGGAGCUGGUGAACUAUGAGCGUGUGCGCGAGUACUGUCUCAAGGUGCUGGAGAAACAGCAGGGCAACUUCAAGGCCACCUAUCGCGCCGGCAUUGCCUUCUACCACCUGGGUGACUACGCGCGUGCGCUGCGCUACCUGCAGGAGGCCCGAAGCCGGGAGCCCACAGACACCAACGUUCUCCGCUACAUCCAGCUGACCCAGCUGAAGAUGAACCGCUGCAGCCUCCCGCGGCAAGACAGCGACAGUGGGGCUGGAGGCCCAGCUCGCAGCGAUGUCAUGGGCUGAGGUCAAAGGGCAGCCUCUGCCUUGUUCCCUCCGACCUCAGCAGGCGACUCCCCCUGGCUCAUGUGUUUACUUACUGGUAAAGCGCCCUCACUGGUG